GCUUUGUUUUAUUCUGAGCCAGCUCAGAUUUCACUCUUCUAUUGUUUUUUAUUGGGUUUUUAUUUUUAUUUUGAAAGAACACUCCACAGAACUGAACGCAAAACACGCACGUCACGACACGAACACACACACACUUUGACGACUCCUCAACAGGCCCAGCAUUGGUGAUUUUUUUGUUUCGUUUAAAUGAGCAAUAGCGGCAGUGCGGGCGGCUCGUUGAGCGGCUCGGAGGCGAAUUUGGCAGGAACGCCAUCGCGCGGCAUGUCGCGGUCGAGCAGCGCGGCCGUUGCGGCGACAUCCGCAUCACCAAUGCAGGCAUCAGCAGCAGCACCCUACGCGCUCAGCAUGGCGGCGCCAAGCAAGGACUCUUCCGCAGCCAGUUCGCUGCUCCACGUUAAAUCCAAGUAUGAACAAGACACGCGAAGAUUCCCAAUGGAUCCCCGCAGCUUACUCGUCUGGAAGGACUUUUACUGGAUUGUGCGCAAGACCCAUAACAUUAAGGAAGACGACGCAUUCGUGUGGGAUGCCGCUGGUCAGGCCAUUCCAGCGUUCGCCAUCUACUUUCAAGACCCAGAAGGCGCCUAUAUUGAAAUUGCCACCGAAGAAAUGCUCAAGGAGGCCGCUCGGGUCUCCAAGCCAUGCCUAAAGCUCCUUGUUGCGCCGCGUAAAGUACCGGGAACAAAGAAGCGAGCGCCAUCCUCAGUCCGCGCAGUAGAGCGUGUGUCCAUUUCCUCGCCACGGCAGCUGCGUGUGACAUCGGGUGCCUCGGCUACGGUCAGCAGCUACAAGACGAUUGAGUUGGACAAGGCGGCCGACGGAACGGUGGGCUUUUAUGUUCGCAUCGGCAACGACGAGCGCGAGCGAGACACUGGCCUGUUUGUCUCGCGCCUCGUCCUCGGUACCCCGGCUGAUCUGUCGGGUGCAUUGCAACCUGGCGACGAAAUCACCUCGGUGAAUGGCGUGGACGUGACGCAGCUGGAUAUGGAUAGCAUCGGCGUGGUCAUGCGUCGGGUGACUCGGCUCCAGCUCGUCAUUGUCCGCGAAGCGCCUCUCAUUGCAGUCAUGUCUCCCAACACCAAGAGCACAGACGCAGAGCUUGUUCACUCGGGCCCCGAUGUGGAAGGCUGGACCUCCUCGGGGAACAUUUCCAUGGGUGUUUCGCAGCAAGGUCCCCCAGCCGCCAAGAUUGCCCAAGCCGCCACGCGGUUGCAGAGCACUCUUCGCGCCAACGAAGACGCAGACAUUUCACCGACUGUAGUUUAUACCAACAAUAUGGGGGCGGCUCGAACGCCGACAGGCACCCCAGCCCGCCCUGUUGCAGGUGGCGAGCCAUUGCGCGCGCUCUCGACAGAAGAGUUGGCGACGUCGCAGUCCAGCUCGCGUGGAGCAAGCACGCUGGCGUCGUCCACGAAUCUGGCCACCUCCAAUGGAUCCAUUCAAGCCUUGCAAGAAGCAAACGCUGCUGCGCUGAACGCCGCCCUUUCCGCGCACAACGCUUCGAUGAGCACCUCUGGUGCCGCGCCCAAGCGUGCUGCUCCAAGCGUGCCCCCAGCCAAUGGUGUUCAAUCUCUCCCCGCUAUCCGCAUCACGGCUCACCAGCCAGAGACAAAUGUGGCCUUGGCAGAUGUGGACGAGGAGCACGACGACGAACAGCCUGCCACCGCACCAAAGACCCAUGUCGACCUGGAGGAGCCUGCAGCACCUCAACCUGAAGAAGAGGUUGUGCACGAAAUUGAGGAAGUCGAAGACGAAAUUGAAGAAAUCAUUGAGCAAGUGGACGAAACCGUUGGAGAUGAGGCACCCGCUGCCGAGCAGCACCCUCUCGACACGGAGCGAGCCGAAGAAGUGCAACACGAUCAAGCCAAUGGUGAACCAAAUAGUGCGGAUGCACAGGACCAUCCGUCGGCACAGUCGAUCGUUGCCUCGCCUGUUUCCGCGAACGUUGCCUCUCAGGCGCAGACUUUGAGCUCGCCGGUUGCAACGCCCAAGCGAACGCCAGUGAAGGGCAGCUUGGAUGAUUCGUCUUCACCUCGAUCUGGUUCGCGCCCAUCGUCACAGAACAAUUCCAGGCCUGUCUCCAUGUUUGUGACGCGACCCGCGUCGCGACCAGUUUCGACCAUCAUGGCGAGCGAUUCGGCCGUGAGUCUCCCUGCCACCUCCGGUCAAAACGGCUCUGGCGCCCAAACUCCAACCAGCUUGCGCAACUCGACAUUGACGGACUCGUCUAGCGCUUUGCCUGCCGAGCCUGUCAAGUUUAACUUUUUGCUGAACUGGUGAAUGAUUGGUUGCUGUUGUUGUUGUUGUUGUUGUGGAGGGUUGUGUUCGAGUUUGUUUGUUUGUUUGGUUGUUCGUUCGUUUGGUUUGUUUCUUGUGUUUGUGUCAUGUUUUGUUUCUUGUGUCAUGUUUGCUUCGCAUGUGAUUGCUGCCUGCACUGUGCAUUUGUUUCUGUGUUCGUUUCGUGCUUCAGGUUGGACAAAAUUGGCUUCACUUUGUUUGAAAAAUUCAACAUUCAUUCACAAAUGCAAACCGCAACACAC